UCUCUCUUUCUCUAUCUCUCUCUCUCUCUCUCAGGGUUCUUAUGAGGUAUGCUUUUUUUUUUUUUCCUUUUCUUCUUAAGGCUAUCCCUUUUUCUUGACAGUUGAAAUUUGAUCAUUUUCAAGCUCUCUUUCUUGAACUUAAUCAAUCGUUGUUUAUCAGUUGACUUCCACCUUUAAUUAAAUUAACAACUCCUGAUUUUGAUAUAGUUUUAAAUAGCAAUAAGCUUAAUAAUAGUCAUUCUUCCUUCCUUUUGUUUUUGAGGAAAAAGAAUUUCACUACCGAAAUUAAUCUGAUAAUCUUGUUAUGUGUCUGCUUAUUAAUAAAUGCACUGUACUUGUUCGUGAUUCGUGUUUUUAGGAGGUUUAUUUGUCUGUUUUAUUGUCUCUUUAUGGUUUUGCGACUUCACUUUAAAUUCUUUGAAUAACAACAAGAAAGGAACUCUUUUUUUUUUUUUUUUUUUUCUAGUUUAAUAUAACUUUUGGGGUUGGGAGAGGUCUUUGAAUUUUGUUUUUGUUUUUGUAAGUUCAAUGGAUCCUCGGUUAAGAGGUUAUUCAAUUUCAAUUAAUGGAACCCAAUUGGGAAACCAACCUAUAUCUGUGUUUUCAAAUCAGGACCUUGUUUCCAGACCCAGAUUCGAAAAUACUUUCGUUGAUCAUAACUGUAAGGAGUUUCAUUAUAUUCCGCCCUAUCCAAAGCCAACUGAUGUAACCCCAUAUUCAAAUCCGACUCAAAAAGAAGACUCUCCUGAAGAUUUUGACUUUUCAGAUGUAACUUUGAGGUACAUAAACCAGAUGCUUAUGGAAGAAGAUACUGAAGAUAAGACUUGUAUGCUUCAAGACUCUUUAGAUCUUCAAGUAGCCGAGAAAUCCUUUUAUGAUGUUCUUGGCAAGAAGUACCCUCCUUCACCAGAACCAAACCCCACUUUCAUCAGUCAAAAUCGAGAGAACCUGCCUGAUAGUUUACCCUGCAAUUACAUUUGUAGUAGUCGUAGUGACAGUGGCUAUGUAGAUGAUAAUGCUUGGAUUCACAAUCCAAGCGAUUACCAUUCCUUUCAACUACAGAUUCCUCAUGUUUCUAGCAUAUCCCAAUCAUCAUGUAGCUCUUCAAACAGUGUAAUCACUACUGUAGAUGGGCUGGUGGAUUCUCCUAGCAGUAAUUUUAAAGUCCCUGAUUGGAGCGGUGAGAGCCGAUCUAUUUUGCACUUCAGGAAGGGUGUUGAGGAGGCUAGCAGAUUUCUUCCCAGUGGUAAUGACUUGUUUCUUAAUAUUGAGGCCAAUAAGUUUUUAUCUCAAGAACCAAAGGUGAGGACUGGUGAAGUUGCUAUCAAGGUGGAGAAACAAGAUGGGGGGGAGCACUCACCUAGUGGACCUAGGGGAAAGAAGAAUCCUCAUAGGGAGGAAGGGGAUGUUGAAGAAGGGAGGAGCAGCAAACAACUGGCUGUUUAUACCGAAUCCACUUUGCGAUCAGAUAUGUUUGAUAAGGUAUUACUUUGUAUGCCAGGAGAAGGUCAGCCUGAUUUGAAAGCUCUUCGCGAGGCCUUCAAGAGUGCAUCGAUAAUAAAUGAGCAGAAUGGACAGGCAAAGGGAUCUAGUGGUGGGAAGGGUCGUGGUAAGAAACAAAGUGGGAAAAGGGAGAUGGUGGAUUUGAGAACCCUUUUAAUAAACUGUGCACAAGCUAUUGCGGCUGAUGACCGGAGGAGCGCAAAUGAUUUGCUCAAGCAGAUUAGGCUGCAUUCCUCUCCUUUCGGGGAUGGAAAUCGGAGAUUGGCUCAUUGCUUUGCUGAUGGUCUUGAGGCACGCUUGGCAGGUACUGGAAGUCAGAUUUACAAAGGCCUUGUUAGUAAGAAAACAUCUGCGGCUGAUCUCUUGAAAGCAUACCGUCUUUAUCUUGCUGCAUGCCCUUUUAGAAAGGUCUCUAAUUUUGUCUCUAACAAGACAAUAAAGAUAACGGCAGAAAAUUCAACGAGGCUUCAUGUUAUCGAUUUUGGCAUUCUUUAUGGUUUCCAAUGGCCCACCUUUAUUCAUCGGCUGUCAUGCAGACCAGGUGGACCGCCAAAGCUUCGGAUGACUGGAAUAGAAUUUCCCCAACCUGGAUUUCGGCCAGCAGAGCGAGUUGAGGAAACUGGACAUCGCUUAGCAGCUUAUGCUAAGGAGUUCAAAGUGCCCUUUGAGUACAAUGCCAUUGCAAAGAAAUGGGAAACCAUACAACUAGAGGAACUCAAGAUUGACCGGGAUGAAGUUGUUGUUGUUAACUGUCUGUAUCGAUCUAAGAACCUACUUGAUGAAACAGUGGCAGUGGACAGUCCGAGGAACAUUGUUCUUGAUUUGGUAAGGAAGAUAAAUCCUGAAAUUUUCAUUCAUGGGAUUACAAAUGGGGCAUACAAUGCUCCUUUCUAUGUUACUCGAUUUCGAGAGGCACUGUUUCACUUUUCUGCAAUGUUUGAUAUGCUUGAAACUAUUGUUCCCCGUGAAGAAUUAGAGAGGUUGGUGAUUGAGAAAGAGAUUUUUGGCAGGGAGGCUCUGAAUGUUAUAGCUUGUGAAGGCUGGGAGAGAGUGGAGAGGCCAGAAACAUACAAGCAAUGGCAGGUCCGUUGCUUGAGGGCUGGGUUUGUGCAGUUGUCUUUUGACCAGGAGAUAGUGAAGCAAGCAACUGUUAAAGUGAGGCAGAAUUACCACAAAGAUUUUCUGUUCGAUGAAGAUAGCCGGUGGUUGUUUCAAGGAUGGAAGGGACGAAUCAUCUAUACCCUUUCUGCGUGGAAACCUGCUAAAAGAGCUUGAGUGCAUCCUUAUUGGUUCUCGGGAUUUGCUUCUCACUUCUUGGGUUUUCUAUUGGAGAAUUGUUUGCUGGUAGAUGAUAUGAAUGGUUGACUGAUAUGCGGAAUGCUAAGAACAUCAUUGCUUGCAGAAUGAAGGCCGCGUGCUGCAGACUUACCAGAUAUUUUUGUAUUUUGACUGAGCUCAUUGUAGUGGUAACUCAGGACCAUUUUUCAUUUGGUAAAGCAAUCUUGAAAGCUUAGUUUAAUUGGGAAAUGGUGCGCUUUGUCUUUUUGGCUGAGUUCUCAUAGCAGUAGGCUAUCUGACAAAAUGAACUGGUGCGAAUGCAUUCAAUUCACAAUCACUUGUACAUUAUAAGCUGGAAUUUUUUCUUGUGACUUUCAAGACGCAUCUCUCUUUUUCUCCA